AACUAGAAGCUACUUUUGCACCUUCCAUCUAAGGAGGACCUAUGUCCAAAUAUUAUGUCCUUCAAUUGGCUUUCUCAUUGACUUAAGGCAGAAGUGAUCUCUUCUCCUCAGUUGGCUAAUCAAACUCCUCUCAUAAGGAAAAAUCAGGCUGCUGCUACUUCUAAUUUGGUUGGCCUUGUUCUGUUAUCAGUGUCCAACUUGAAUUUCUUUCUACUAAACCAGCUCCAGGAAUUCAUCAAUGGAGAAAAUUUUUGAGAAAGGUGAGAAUUUUAUAGACCACUACAGAAAGCUUGAAGAAGAUCUGGAUACGUUGAAAAGCGAAUGUCGGGUUCUAAAAAGGAGAAAAAUUGACAUUAAUUCAAGAAUAGAAACAGAGGUUCGCUUGGGGCAAGCGGUCAAAGAAGAUGUAAAGGGCUGGCUUGAAGAUGUUCAAAAGAUGGAAGAAGACAUACAAGAUGUUGAAGAAAGGGUGCACAGUGUUUCACGCUACAAUCGUAUCAGUCUCGAUAUACUCGUGCGUGAAAAAAUUGAAGAGGUGAAGAGAAUUCAAGACAGGGGCAAUUUCAAUGAAGGCCUUGUGAUUGAGACAGCUCCACCUCGUGGAAUUAUGAUUCCAACAGAAAAGAUAGAAGGUGAAAUUUCUACUAAGGAUGAAAUUCAGAAGCAUUUGAUGGAUGACAAGGUUGGAAUGAUCGGAGUUUGUGGGAUUGGUGGAGUUGGUAAGACUACAAUUAUGAAGCACAUUAACAAUGCUUUGUUGAGCAAGGGCAGAUUUCAGAAAGUGAUUUGGGUUACUGUAUCAUACCCUCUCAAUGUUUUAGAACUACAAAAGAAGAUUGCACUUGCUAUGGGCAAAACACUUCCAGAAGAUGAAGAAAAAAUGAUUCGGGCAGCAGCACUAAUGGAUAUAAUGGGAAGUAAGAGUUUUGUGCUAAUAUUAGAUGAUUUAUGGGAAAAGUUUUCUCUCACGGAUGUUGGAAUCCCGGAACCAGUGCAGAAUAAGAGCAAAGUGGUUAUCACUAGUAGAUCAGUUGAAGUAUGCAAUUAUUUGGAUUGUAAGAUUGUUAAAGUGCAGCCUCUUUCACCACAGGAGUCUCUAAGCCUAUUCCUAGAUAGGGUUGGACGUGAUGUUUUACAAAAAGUUUCAGGAUUGGAAGAAACCUUGAAGCUUAUUGUGGAGGAGUGCGACGGCUUGCCACUGGCAAUUGUUGUAAUAGCAGGGAGCAUGAAGGGAGAAUAUGACAUUGCCGAGUGGAGAAAUGCCCUUAAUGAAUUACGCCAAUGUGUAAGAAGUGUGAAAUGUGUUGAAGAUGAGAUAUUUGGACGGUUAAGGUUUAGUUAUGACCGUCUAAGAAGUUUGCAAAUCCAAGAAUGCUUUCUGUAUUGCUCUUUGUUUCGAGAAGAUUAUGAGUUUUUUAGAGAGUACUUGAUUGAAGAUUGGAUUGAUGAAGGACUGAUUGUGAUUGAUGAGUGGGGAAGUAGACAAGCAGCUUACGAUCGGGGCCGUGCUUUUUUAAAUAGGCUUCUACAGAAUUGCUUAUUAGAGGAAUGCGUUGGAAGUGAUAGAGUUAAGAUGCAUGAUGUUGUGAGAGACAUGGCUAUCAAAAGCAUUGGUCUUGGAUGUGGAUAUAUGGUAAAAGCUGGCAUGAAAUUGAAGAAGGUACCGAAUGAGAGUGAGUGGGAAGGAGAUCUUAAGAAGAGUUUGGAAUGUAGAAUGGAGGUCCAAGACUUCAACUAUCUUGUUAAUAAGUCUAAAGAUUUUGACAAUCUUACGGCUUAUGAAUUUCGACUGACAAGAGAUGAAGGAGAGAUCGGACGUGGUGGAUUUUUUGAUUUCCAUCAACGUAAGGUUUCUAUUCAUGACUGUGAGAUUGGAGAAGAAUGUAUAGUGCUUCCAGAUACUCUUGAGGGUUUGUGGAUCUGUAACUGUAAAAACAUGAAAAACAUGAGAUGCAGCUUAAACAAAACAGUUUUGUUAGAAAAUGCAACCGAGUUGAGAAGAUGUUUUAUUGAAGAUUUUGAAGGGAUAGAGUGCAUAGUUGAGUUGGACUCAUCCUCUUCCUCCUUACUGAAUAAGCUCGAAGACUUGAGCCUUCAUGACUCGUCUAACUUGAGUGUACUUGUGAGAGUGGAAGGAGUAGUAACACCACCGCAGAUCUUUUCCAAUCUUAAAUAUCUUUGGAUAAGAUUUUGUUCAGCAAUGAGGAACUUGGUUCCACUUGAGCUGCUGCAGGCCCUCCAAAACUUACAGUCCAUUCAAUUCAGGGGAUGCGAACAAAUGGAGGAGAUAAUAGCAUCAUCAGAUUCAGAUGCAUCAUCAUCGAAUAAAUUCACUUUCACUUUUCCUAAUUUAAGGACAUUGAUCUUGGUGCAAUUAGGCCAAUUGAAGAGCAUUUGUGGUGACAAAGGUGUUAUGGUUUGUGAUUCUAUUGAAGAAAUUCAAAUAAUUCAAUGUCCGAAGUUAAAGAGGUUCCCUUUACAGCUUCCUCUGCUUGACAAUGGCGAGCCAUCUCCUCCUCGUUUUCUCAAAAAAAUAGGGAUAGAUGAAGAGUCAAAAGAAUGGUGGGAAUCAGUGGUUGAGUUGAAUCAUCCUAACGCUAAGAACAUACUCCAACCCUUCUUGAAAUUUACUCCAUUUGAUGAAUGGAGUCGUUGGUAAACAAGUCACGUGCGAGUCCAUAACACGUGCCAAUAAAACCCCUCCUUCCAGUACUCCACAACGAGGACAAUGCAAAAAGUGAUUCUGACAUGGGAAAGCCUAUGUAUUGUGGAAGAGAUGAGAUUGGGAUUGAGAUUGAGAUUGAGAUUGGGAUUGAGAUUGAGAUUGAGAUGCAUCCACCCUUCACCCUCCGCACUACUGUGCUAUCUCAUAAACUCCAACCAUGUAAGUAUCCAUAUUUUGACUUGGAUCAUUAUUAUUUUCUGGUUUUAUACUUUCAUUCCAUUUAUAUAGAAAUUAGUUUUUGGGUUUGGGUAUGUAUGGCUCGCUGAAAUUGGAUUUUGGGUUUGGGUAGUAACAAAAUCGUGGGUGAUGAGAUUGGCUAAUGUUUGCGAUUGGAACGUUAAUGUUUCUUUUUAUUUAUUUAUUUAUUUAUUUUUUGGUAUAUUGAGAUUUCU